UCCGCUCUCACACAGCAUUCUGCUCUGGACAGGAAUGAUGCUCCCUCCCGGUGCAGGUACAAAAAGCUCACCUGUACAUCAUAUACAAGCCAGCAGAUGGCAUCCGAUAGAACUCGGUGCACAACUCACUAGAUGUCCAGUGAUAUGGAGACCGUGGACUCUUACCAUGUCAGACACUCAGCCUAAAAAAAAAGCUCCUGGAUCUAGGCAGGUGUCUGACAUGCAAGGCUUUCAUCACCCAGUGAGGCUGUUCAUGCCCAGAUCUAAAAUCCAGGACUAUCUGUCUCACCUGGGGAGGAAAGUUCUGGCCAGCUUUCCCGUUCAAGCCACUCUACAUUUCUAUAAUGAUGACUCCAGCUCUGAAGAUGAAGAUGAAACGGAGAUUGAGUUUAGAGCUCCAGGAAAAAGGAGCACAUAAAAGGGGGGUGCUUGAUGUGUGGACUAGAGAUGAUUAUAUUUGACAGUGACAUGAGCUUCAUGCAACCAGUGGGUAGUGGUCAUUAGGGUUUUUUUUUUGUUUAUUUGUCUUUCUUUUUUUUUUCUUUUCUUUUUUGUGAUCGUUCUUGCCAGCCAGAAACCUUUUUAUUACUUUUGACCUGAAGAAGGGGCUUUGGAGAGCUGGAGGCUGUUUAUCUGCACAAGUAUAGUCCUACAUUCAAGUCCAUUUUCAGUGAACAGACAUUCUUGACUGUGGAACAAGGAUCAUUUGUCAUGUGCCUUUAGAAGUGACUCUCCGCAAUGUAAUCUAGAGUUAACACUGCUGGUUUGUAUUGAGUUGUAUAGCUGUACUGUCUGCUGGAUUUGGUGGUGGAGAUCCAGCAGUCUGCAGUCCUGUUGAGGAAAUGCUGCUGUUUUGGAAACAAACUUAUGAAAGAACAGGCGAUCACGGUAGCCGGUCUCAGGAAGUAGGAACGGUGCAUGGAUACACAGCGGAAUUGAGUCACAGACCCAUGCAGCACUGGUACUGUUUACUCAAAGCAUAAACACACCUUUUAACCUGAGCGAGUCUCCAUCACAUUCUCCUUCCUUAGGAAUACAGAUGGGACUCAAGCAUGUGGAAUUCUCUACAAUGCACAUAUUACAUUUUUAUUCAAUUAAGUUACAAAUGUCUUAAUAGAGAUUUUGUAAUAUUGUGUUUAUACAUUUAUGGGAUUUUUUUUUUUUUAUGUAUGAAAUAAAGAUUUAUUUGAAAA